GCAAGCGGCGGCGCGCGGUCACUGCGGGCCCGGGGGUCGUGGGGGACUGGCGGCUUGCCUGCUCCAGGAAAAGUUGUGUCUCGCCUUAUUCUCGCAGCCAUGAUAAAGGGCUGCUGAUUUCUGCACCGUGAUCUUCGUUAAGUGAAAGUGGAUUAUUUUUUUCUGUGUAUGUGACACUGUGAAUAGAGCGACACGAUGGCGGACAGCGAGGGGUCGUCCGAGCAGGAUGACGUCUCAUUCCUCCGCACGGAGGACAUGGUGUGUCUCUCCAGCACGGCCAUUGGAGAGCGCGUCUGUCUGGCGGCCGAGGGCUUCGGUAACAGGACUUGCUUCCUUGAGAAUAUUGCUGACAAGUCUCCAGCAUCACAACAACCGCCUCCUGAAACUCGCAGUGGAUGUCCUCGCCCUGCCAACAACCCUCCUGACCUAUGCCAGGGCGUCUUCCUCAUCGAGCAGGCGUUGUCCGUCCGCGCCCUGCAGGAGUUGGUCACCGCCGCCGCCAGCGAGGAGGAGCAGGGGACUGUUGGUAAGGGCACAGGCUCAGGGCACCGAACUCUUCUCUACGGCAAUGCUGUUCUCCUGAGGCACAUGAACUCCAUGAUGUACCUGGCAUGCCUCUCUACCAGCUCGUCCAGAGACAAGCUUGCCUUCGACGUGGGUCUCCAGGAACACUCCAUGGGGGAGUCGUGCUGGUGGACCAUUCACCCGGCCAGCAAGCAGCGAUCCGAGGGUGAGAAGGUGCGAGUUGGCGACGACCUCAUCCUCGUCUCCGUGGCCACUGAGCGAUACUUGCAAGCGACACGUGAAGACGAACAGAGCAUCGUCAACGCCUCCUUCCACGUCACCCACUGGUCCGUCCUUCCCUUCGGCACCGGCCUCUCCAGACUCAAGUUCGUCGCCUGCGUGUUCGGCGGUGAGGUUCUGAGGUUCUUCCACGGCGGUGACGAGUGUCUCUCCAUCCCGUCCACGUGGAGCGAUCAGCCUGGCCAGAACAUCGUGGUGUACGAAGGCGGCUCCGUCACGUCCCAGGCUAGAUCGCUGUGGCGUCUGGAGCUGGCCAGGACUAAGUGGGCUGGCGGCUACAUCAACUGGUUCCACCCGAUGCGCAUUCGACACAUCACCACUGGCAGGUAUCUUGGCAUCAACGAGCAGAAUGAACUCGUCCUUCUGCACAGGGAUGAGGCAACACUCGCGGCCACGUCCUUCUACCUGCGGGAGGAGAAAGACGAUAACAAGGUGAUUCUCGAGGACAAGGACCUGGAAGUGAUUGGCGUGCCCCUCAUCAAGUACGGCGACUCCACGGUCAUUGUGCAGCAUGUGGAGACUGGACUCUGGCUUUCCUACAAGGCGUUUGAGAUCAAGAAGAAGGGCGUGGGCAAGGUGGAGAUCAAGCAGGCGACGCUACAAGAGGAAGGAAAGAUGGACGACGGUCUGGUCUUCUACAGGAGUCAGGAGGAGGAGUCCCGUACCGGCCGCGUCAUCCGGAAGUGCUCCCACCUGUUCAACACCUUCAUCAAAGGACUCGACAGCAUCCAGACGUCGCGCCGCAUCUCGAUCCUCCUGAAGAUGGUGAGCCUGAAGGAAAUGAUCCACUGCCUCGAGGACUUGAUCAACUACUUCGCUUACCCCGAGGAUGACCUUGAACACAACGAGCGCCAGGUUGCCCUCCGCGCCCUCAGGAACCGCCAAGACUUGUUCCAGGAGGAGGGCAUCCUUAACCUGAUUCUGGACGCCAUCGACAAGAUCACCGUCAUCACUGGCCAGGGCUUCAUGGUGGCGCUGGCCGGCGAGGAGGCGGGCAUGGACUGGGACGUGAUCUCCGGUUAUCUCUAUCAGCUGCUGGCCGCCGUCAUCAAGGGCAACCACACCAACUGUUCACAGUUCGCCAACAGUCACCGCCUCAACUGGCUCUUCUCCCGUCUGGGAUCAGCUGGCGAGGGCACCGGCAUGCUGGAUGUGCUGCACUGUGUUCUCAUCGACUCCCCCGAGGCACUCAAUGUGAUGAAGGAGGAGCACAUCAAGGUCAUCAUUGCCCUGCUGGAGAAGUACGGGCGCGACCCCAAGGUGCUGGACGUGCUGUGCUCCCUAUGUGUGGGUAACGGAACGGCCGUGCGCUCCUCACAGAACAACAUCUGCGACUACCUGCUGCCAGGACGCAACCUGCUGCUGCAGACCCAGCUGGUGGACCACGUCUCCAGCGCACGCCCCAACAUCUUCGUGGGCCAGGUGGAGGGCUCGGCCAUCUACCAGAGGUGGUACUACGAGGUGACGCUGGACCACAUCGAGCAGUCCUCGCAUCUGCCCCCGCACCUGCGCAUCGGCUGGGCCAACACCAAGGGCUAUGUGAGCUACCCGGGCGGCGGCGAAAAGUGGGGCGGUAACGGCGUGGGCGAUGACCUGUACUCCUAUGGUUUUGACGGCUCCUUCCUGUGGACUGGCGGACGAUACACCCUUGUCAACCCCAUCGACUCAGUGCCGUUCAUCAAGAAGGGAGACGUGAUCGGCUGCGCCCUCGACCUGACAGUCCCCAUCAUCACCUUCUAUGUGAACGGCAGGCAGGUGAACGGCGCCUUCACGGGCUUCAACCUGGACGGCAUGUUCUUCCCUGUGGUGUCUGCCUCCGCUAAGCUCAGUGCGAGGUUCCUCCUGGGUGGAGAGCACGGCCGCCUCAAGUACCCGCCGCCAGAUGGCCACUCACCCGUGUCUGAGUGUCUCCUUCCCUUCCAGACACUUGCUAUUGACCCCUGCUUCUACUUCGGCGAGCAGCACAAGGGCACCCUGGCAGGGCCCUUGCCUAUUCAGGACGACCUGGUUUUCGUCCCCAAGCCUGUGGACACCACCAGCAUCCAGCUGCCGGGCUACAUUGAGCAGGUGCGGGACAAGCUCGCGGAGAACAUUCACGAGAUGUGGGCCAUGAACAAGAUCGAACAAGGCUGGACUUACUCCGAGCGCCGCGACGAUCUGCGCCUCCAUCACCCGUGCCUCACCUCCUUCGAGAAGCUGCCGCCCAGUGAGAAGCGAUACGACGCCACCCUCGCCCUCCAGACACUCAAGACGGUGCUGGCGCUGGGUUACCACAUCACGCUGGACAAGCCGCCCAGCCGCAUCCGCUCCGUCAGGCUGUCCAACGACCCCUUCUUGCAGUCCAACGGGUACAAGCCGCAGCCUCUUGACCUUUCCCAGGUGAGCCUGACGCCCAAGCUGGAGGAGUUGGUAGAUGAGUUGGCCCAGAACACACACAAUAUCUGGGCCAAGGAGCGCAUCCUGCAGGGCUGGACCUACGGCCUCAACGAAGACCCAGAGAUGCGCCGCUCGCCCCAUCUGGUGAGCUACCUCAACGUGGACGACGCCAUCAAGAAGGCCAACCGUGACACCGCCUCCGAGACCAUCCGCACCCUGCUGGUAUACGGCUACCUGCUGGAGGCGCCCACUGGGGAACAGGCUGAAGGCACGGCAGCAGCUGAAGGGGACAAGCAAGGCAUGGGCCACCGCACCUACCGCUUGGAGAAACCCAAUGCCGUCACCUCAGGCAAGUGGUACUUCGAGAUGGAAGUGCUCACGUCGGGCCCAAUGCGUAUCGGUUGGGUUGAGGUGUCCAGCCAGCCCGGCAAGGAGCUGGGAAGCGACGACAAGUCCUGGGCAUUUGAUGGUUUCCGUGAAGAGAAGUGUCAUGCGAACGUUGUGGACACCUACGGCCACAAGUGGCAAGUUGGCGACGUGGUGGGCGUGUGCCUUGACCUCGUCGACAGAACCAUCAGUUUUUCCCUCAACGGUGAGUUGAUGAUGGACGCCAGCGGCUCCGAGACAGCCUUCAAUGAAGUGCAGGGUGAAGCCUUCGUGCCAGCCUGCACCCUCGGCGUGGGCCAGCGGGCACACAUGGUCUUCGGGCAGGACAUCAACCACCUCAAGUUCUUUACUACCUACGGCCUUCAGGAGGGAUACGAACCCUUCUGCGUGAACAUGGAGCGACCCGUGACCUUCUGGUACACCAAGGACCAGCCCAUCUUCGAGAAUAAUGACGACUUCCACGACUCCACGAUCGAAGUGACGCGCAUCCCCGCCGGCUCUGAGACGCCGCCCUGCCUCAAGAUCUCUUCCAAGAUGUUCGAGCAAUGCGAGAAGGCCAACUGGGAGUUCCUGAGGCUGUCACUGCCGGUGGUGUGCGAGGAUGUGUUUAUCGAAGAGGAAGAGAAGGCCCAGCGAUGGAUGGAGGUGCGCAAGAGGCAACACACACUGAAGCACGGUGAGGUCCAGCCCUCCAUCGCUUUCCAGAGUUCCCUGGUGGACACCGGCUUCUCUCUUUCAGACAUCAAGGAACUGCACUACAGCAAUGAGGAGGGUGUGGAGGCAGACGAGGGCAUGGCCAAGAAAGCUAUUGCAGAGGAGAAGCCAAAGAUUGACUCGGCAGGCAAACUGACAACCGAGGCAGCCACAGAAGGAGGAGAGGAGGCACCUGCAGAAAGCAACGACAGAAAGAAGCGUGGCAAGUCUCCCUUCAGGUUUUUCAGCAAGAAGCGCGAUGCAAGUGGUGACCGUGCCAGGAGCAAAGGCCGCACCCCUGAGCCCAGUGGGAGCAAUCUGGAUGUGCCACGGCCCCCAAGGAAGAACCGCUCACCCUCUGUCCGUGUGGCUCAGGGCGGUGAGGGCAAGCUGAUGCCUCCUGCCAUUCCAGAGAGACAGCAGACUGUCACUGAGGAGGUCCGGGAAGAGGAAAUGUUUGACAGUGAGUGCCUCAAGCUGAUGAAUGAAUACUUCUAUGGCGUGAGGAUCUUCCCUGGCCAGGAUCCCGCUCAUGUUUACAUUGGCUGGGUCACCACACAGUACCACAUCCACGACACCACCUUUGACCAGAGCAAGGUUCGCUCCGUCAUCGUGCAGGAGUACACUGAGGAGGGGCACAUCCAGAGCGCUGUGGAGCGUCACAGCUGCUACAUGUUCCGGGCGGAUGAACUGCAUGCAGAGGUCACAUCAGACACUGGUGGGAAAGGUGCCUCUCAGGGUAUGUUCAUCGGGUGCUUCAUUGACACUGCAACAGGUUUCAUCACACUGCAGUGCGACGGGAAGGACACACGCCACAAGUACCGCAUGGAACCUGGCACUAAGCUAUUCCCUGGUGUGUUCUUGGAGCCCACCAGCAAGGAGACACUGCAGAUUGAGCUUGGUCGCACCCCCACCACGCUGCCCCUCAGUGCAGCUGUCUUGCAGAACAGCGACAAACACGUCAUCCCACAGAUGCCGCCUCGCCUGAAGGUUCAGAUCCUCAAGCCGCAUCAAUGGUCACGGGUUCCCAACACCUCGCUAAAGAUUCAUGCCCUCAAGCUGUCUGACAUCCGUGGCUGGUCCAUGCUGGCUGAGGAUGCAGUGCCGAUGCUCGCUCUCCACAUCCCCGAGGAGGACCGAUGCAUUGACAUUCUAGAGUUGAUUGAGUAUGACAAGUUGCUGAGCUUCCAUUCACAUACGCUGGCCCUGUAUUGCGCCGUGUGUUACCAGAGCAACUACCGCGCUGCUCAUACUCUCUGUUCACAUGUAGACCAAAAGCAACUGCUCUAUGCUAUGCAGUCUGAAUACAUGUCCGGCCCACUCAGGAUGGGUUUCUACAACCUGCUCAUCUCUCUUCACCUGGAGAGCUUUGCCAACACCAUGGAAGUGACACAGAAUGAGUUUAUUGUGCCACUAAGACCUGAACUGAAGGAGAUCUAUGCACAGGAGGAGAUGGGUAACUCAAUGUCUGCCACCCACACCGAAUCAGUGAGGCCUCUGAUGAGCAUGUCUGACAUCAGUGAACAAUUCACCAUCCCAGACAGCCUAUCUCUCCACUCCACUUAUGAUACUCCCUCCGGCGGCUACAUCAGCACCAACAUCGAGACCAUCAAGGGACUCUCCUCCCCUCACUUCCCACUGGACGUGGCUCGAGAAUUCGUCAUGUGUGCCCUGUCUGAGGCCGUCAAGACCAACCAAGUGCAUAACAGGGACCCCAUUGGUGGCUCCAAUGAGAACCUGUUUGUGCCACUGCUCAAACUGGUGGACAAGCUGCUGCUGGUGGGCAUCCUGCAGGACGACGACAUCACAAAGUUGCUCAUCAUGAUCGACCCCCGCACGUGGGACCCUGACUAUGAUGCCGAAGGAAAAGAUGAAAAUCGUAAGGGUCUGGUGGACAUGGAAAUUGCUGAGGGUGUAAAACUGCAAUUAUGUUAUGUGCUGCAUCACCUGCUGGACCUGCAGAAGAGGCACCGUGUGGAGAGCCUCAUUGCCUUCGCUCACGACUACGUUGGUGAGGUCCAGCAAGAUCAGCUACGGCGAUACAUUGAGAUCAAGCAGUCAGACUUGCCUUCUUCUGUGGCAGCCAAAAAGACCCGAGAGUUCCGCUGUCCACCUCGUGAGCAGAUGAAUGCCAUCCUAGGCUUCAAGAACCUAAAUGAUGAGGAACUUGAGGAGACACCCUGUGGGGAGGACCUCAGGAAGAAGCUCCUGGACUACCACGAUAGACUCAUGACAAAGGCAAAGAUUCCAGCUGGACCUGAGGAAGAGGGAGACGCUGAGGAAUCCCCAUCACCAGAGUCCAAGGGAGUGGUGUCCAAGUUUGUAAUGAUUUUGGGCGGCCAGAAGGAGGAAGUCACAGAGGAAGUUGUCGCUGCAGAACCUGAGGUGCUGGACCCAGCCGACAAGUUCAAGAAGGUGCUUGUUGAUACCAUUGUCCGUUGGGCCUCCGAGUCCUUCAUUGAGACACCUGUCCUCAUCCGAGAAAUGUUCAGUCUGUUGGUGCGUCAGUACAACAGCAUUGGGGAAAUGAUGGCAGCCCUGGAAAAGACCUAUGUGAUCAGCAGCAACACCAAGAAGGAUGUGGAGACUUUGUGGCUGUGCUUGAGCAAGGUGCGUGCCCUCCUUCCUGUGCAGAUGUCCCAAGAGGAGGAGGCUCUCAUGCGGGAACUUCUCUGGACACUUGUCAACAACCACAUCUUCUUCCAACACCCUGACCUGAUCCGUAUCCUGUGUGUGCACGAGAACGUGAUGGCUGUCAUGAUGAACACACUGGGCCGCCGUGCUCAGGCCGCCGGUGAGACCCAGACUCAGGAGGGCGAAGUGACUCAGACUAAGGAGAAGGAUACGUCGCAUGAGAUGGUGGUAGCGUGCUGCAAGUUCCUCUGUUACUUCUGCCGGACGGGUCGCCAGAACCAGAAGGCCAUGUUCGACCACCUGCCCUUCCUGCUGGAGAACUCUUACAUCCUGCUGUCCCGGCCGUCCCUGCGCGGGUCAACGCCCCUCGACGUGGCCUACUCCUCCCUCAUGGACAACACUGAACUGGCCCUUGCUCUUAGGGAGCAUCACCUGGAGAAGAUUGCUGUGUACUUGUCCCGCUGUGGCCUGCAGAGUAACAGUGAGCUGGUGGAGAAGGGUUACCCAGACCUUGGCUGGGACCCGGUGGAAGGAGAGAGAUACCUGGACUUCCUCAGGUUCUGCGUGUGGGUGGGAGGUCUGAACCGGGACCAAGAGUUGCAAGGUGAGAGUGUUGAGGAGAAUGCAAACCUGGUGAUCCGCCUGCUGAUCCGCCGCCCUGAGUGUCUGGGUCCCGCUCUUAGAGGUGAGGGAGAAGGUCUCCUGCGGGCCAUCAUGGAUGCCAACAAGAUGUCUGAGCGCAUUGCUGCCCAGCGUCUUGGUGCUGAGGCUGAGGGUGCUGUGCCCAUUGACCACCCAAUGCCAGCUGGUGAUGAUGAUGAAGACUAUAUUGACACUGGUGCUGCCAUCUUGGCCUUCUACUGCACCCUGGUAGAUCUGAUGGGCCGCUGUGCCCCAGAGGCCAAUGUGAUUGCUCAAGGGAAGAAUGACAGCCUGCGAGCGCGUGCCAUCCUGCGCUCACUGGUGCCCCUUGAGGAUUUGCAGGGUGUGCUGUCCCUGCGCUUCACACUGUCCAACACAGCUGCUGAGGAGGGCCGCAGUGACAUCCCACCUGGCCUCAUCCCUGCCCACAAGCAGAGCAUUGUCCUCUUCCUGGAGCGAGUGUAUGGAAUGGAUGACAAGGAGCUGUUCUUCUCCCUCCUGGAGCAUGCCUUCCUGCUUGAUCUGCGUGCUGCCACCUCUCUUGACAAGUCUGAUGGCUCUGAAUCUGAGAUGGGUUUGGCACUUAACCGCUAUAUUGGCAACUCCAUCCUACCUGCACUCAUCAAGCAUUCUAACUUCUACUCUGAGGCUGACCAGCAUGCACCACUCCUCGAUGCCACAUUGCACACUGUCUACCGUCUCUCCAAAUGCAAGAUCUUGACAAAGGGGCAGCGUGAGGGUGUGUCAGACUUCCUGGUUGCUCUGACCCGAGAGAUGCAACCUGCUGCCCUCCUGCCACUCCUCCGCAAGUUGACCAUUGAUGUGUCCAAGCUCUCUGAAUACACCACUGUGGCUCUCAGGCUCCUAACACUUCACUAUGAGCGUUGUGGCAAGUACUAUGGCACCUCGUCCAACACUCCUGGCACGGCGUCAGAGGAGGAGAAGCGCCUCACCAUGAUGCUCUUCACCAACAUCUUUGACUCCCUCGCCAAGAUGGAAUAUGACCCAGAGCUCUUCAGCAAGGCACUCCCAUGUCUGUCUGCCAUUGGGUGUGCUCUGCCCCCUGACUACUCCCUGACUCACGGCCACGAAGAGGAGCUGUACAACACAUCCUCCUGCUCUGAAGGUCCUUACAAGCCCACACCCAUCGACACCACUGAUGUGCACCUAGACGAAGACAUCCAGGACCUGAUCAAGAAGUUCAGCGAGCAUUACCAUGAUGCUUGGGCCUCAAGGAAACUGGAGAGUGGUUGGAGUUAUGGUGAGACUUGGUCUGGAGAGGAGAAGCUGCAUCCAAGACUCAAGCCUUUCAAUAUGCUGUCAGAUUAUGAGAGGGAGCGUUACCGGGAGCCAGUGAGGGACGCCAUCAAGGCCCUGCUGGCAAUCAAGUGGAAGAUUGAAUACGAGAGUGAGGGUGUAUCUACCAGUGGCAGGGAACAGCUACACCGCCAGGACACUUCUGACCUGUACAACUACAACCCUCAACCAGUGGACAUGACCAACCUCACACUGUCCAGGGAGAUGCAAAACAUGGCUGAGCGUCUUGCUGAGAAUGCACAUGAUAUCUGGGCCAAGAGGAAGAAGGAGGAGGUGGAGGCAUGUGGCGGUGGCAUCCAUCCCCAGAUGGUGCCAUACGACAUGCUUACGGAAAAGGAGAAGCGCAAAGACCGUUUCCGCUCAGUUGAGCUCCUCAAAUACCUGCAGUUCAUGGGCUACAAACUCACCAGGGGCCAUGGUGACGGUGAGGAUCCAGGUGGUGCUUCAGGAGCUGUGGAGCGUCGCUUUGCCUACAGUUUGCUGGAAAAGCUGCUGCAGUACCUUGACUCUGCAGCAGUCAACAUGAAGCUCCUGAAACCUUCAACCAACUACUCAAGACGUAGUUCCUUCAAGACCUCCACUAAAGAUGUCAAGUUCUUCUCAAAGGUGGUUUUGCCACUGAUGGAGAAAUACUUCAGCACCAACCGCAACUACUUCCUGGCAGUGGCGAUGACAAACAACAUGGUGGGCAGCGCAUCCCUCAAGGAAAAGGAGAUGGUUGCCUCACUCUUCUGUAAGCUGGCCAAUCUCAUGCGCACCAAGAGCACCUGCAUUGGCUCAGACACCAAGGUGACUGUCAAGUGCCUGCAGGUUAUUGUCCGUUCAGUAGACGCCAAAACACUUGCCAAGAGUCUGCCAGAAUUCAUUCGUACCUCAAUGCUCACCUUCUUCAACAAUGCUGCUAUUGACAUGGAGCACUGCAUUCAGUGCUUGCAGGAGGGCAAAUAUGCCUACAUUCGCGGGACACACCUCAAGACCUCUGCAUCCCUCAACUACAUCCAGACGGUGCUGCUGCCAGUGCUCACCUCCCUCUUUGACCACACAGCUGCCUGCGAGUUUGGCCAAGAUCUGCUGUUGGAUGAGAUUCAGGUGGCCUGCUACAAGAUUCUGGCAGCUCUCUACCAGCUAGGGACAGACCUCACCCUCGACAGCGGCAAGACUUUCAUGAAGAAAGAACUUGACCGCCACAGACCCUCCAUUGGAAACUGUCUAGGGGCCUUUGCUGCCACCUUUCCUGUUGCCUUCCUGGAGCCCAUGAUGAACAAAAACAACCCUUGGAGCAUCCACAACCGCAUUGCUGACCAGUCCCUUGAGGCUCAGGAAAUCAUCUCCAAAAUGGACACUGCAAUGCCCAACCUGGAGGCAGUGCUGAAGCAGGUGGAGAAGUUUGUGGAGGAGGAGUCCAAGCACAGUGACCACCCUUACAUCAUUGACGUCAUCCUGCCCAUGCUGUGUUCCUACCUGCCCUUCUGGUGGAAUCAAGGACCAGACAAUGUCAAUCCUUCUGAAGGGAACCAUGUGUCGAUGGUGACGUGUGAGCAUAUGAACCAGCUGCUGCGUCUGGUGCUGCGGCUCAUCAUGUACAAUGUUGGUGUGGAGAACGCCCCCUGGAUGACCCGCAUUGCUGGCUACACACAGCAGAUCAUCAUCAACUCGAGUGAGGAGCUGCUGCGGGACCCUUACCUUCCCCUGGCAGACCGAGUGCACAAGCGCGCUGAUUACAUGUUCAACAAGGAGGAGAACCUGCGAAGCUUCCUGAAAUCCACCACUGAAGACACCAGUCAGGUGGAGAGUCAGCUGCAGGAGGAAUGGCAGCUGCUGACAAGGGACAUCUACGCCUUCUACCCACUGCUCAUCAAGUACGUGGACCAGCACCGCAACUACUGGCUCAAGAAUGGUGUCCCAGAGGCUGAGGAUGUGUACAACAGAGUAGCACAGAUUUUCCACAUCUGGUCCAACUCUCAGUACUUCAGACGUGAGGAGACCAACUUCAUUAGCCAGAAUGAGAUUGAUAACAUGACAUUGAUCAUGCCCACCACGUCCUCCCGCAACCGCCAAGCCACAGCACCUGAUCCUGUAGGCAACACAGGAGGCAAGGUCAAGCAGCCUGGGAUGCCGGUGAUAGUAAAAAAGAAAAAACGUAGCGGAGCCAAAAAGACCAACAAGGAAAAGGAGCUGGCCUCAUCCUUGAUGGUGGCAUGCCUCAAACGUCUGCUGCCUGUUGGCCUCAAUCUUUUUGCAGGGCGUGAGCAGGAGAUUGUCCAGCACUGCAAAGAGAAACAUUUAGCGAAAGUGGCUGAGAAUGAGAUCCUGGAUUUUGUCAAGACACAGCUGACACUGCCAGACAAGUAUGAUCCAGCAGACGCCAUGAACUGGCAGCACACACUGUAUUCCAGGCUGGGCGGCGGCCGGACACCUCGUGAGGAUGAGGAAGACAAGAAGCUAGUGCCCACUGUCGACGACACUGUAGAGCGUAUUGUGGCCAUGGCUAAAGUACUCUACGGCCUCCAUAUUAUUGACCAUCCACAAACCUCGAAGGAGGUGUGGCGCUCUGUUGUGUCUAUCCAGCGGAAGCGUGCCGUCAUCGCCUGCUUCCGCCAGACCUCUCUCCACAUGAUGCCAAGGCAUCGCGCCGUCAACCUAUUUCUCCGAACCUACCGAGAAUACUGGCUGUCAGAUGAGAAUGUUGGCCAAGAAGUGGUUAUUGAGGACCUCACACAAUCCUUUGAGGAGGCUGAAAGUAAGAAGAAGGAGGCUGAAGAAGAAGAGGGCAAGCCUGACCAGCUGACACAACUGGUGACAACAUUCAGUCACAAGGCAACCACAGAACACACUGGCGUGCUGGCUGAGGAUCCACUAUACAUGACCUACGCUGAGAUUAUGGCCAAGUCCUGUGGUGAAGAGGAGGAGGAAGGUGAAGGCGAUGAGGGUGGAGGUGAAGAGGAAAGUGGUAAUGAAGAUCCUGCUGCCGCUCUUAAUGCUCCCCCGCGGUGUCGCUCCCGUACUAUGGAGGACCUCAUGGAACAAGAGUUGGAGAAGCAGAAACUUUUGUUCCAUCAAGCACGUCUGGCCAACCGCGGUGUUGCUGAGAUGGUACUGCUGCAUGUGUCUGCUGCGCGUGGACAACCUUCAGAGAUGGUCAUGAUGACUCUGAAGCUCGGCAUUGCUAUUCUCCGUGGUGGUAACGUUGAUGUUCAGGCGGCCAUGUUGAACUACCUCAAGGAGAAGAAAGAUGCUUCCUUCUUCUUGUCCAUUUCGGGACUCAUGAACUCCUGCUCAGUGCUUGAUCUGGAUGCCUUUGAGCGCAACACCAAGGCAGAGGGUCUGGGUGUUGGUGCUGAUGGCUGUGCUGGCGAGAAGAACAUGCAUGAUGCUGAGUUCACCUGUGCAUUGUUCCGCUUCAUCCAACUGACCUGUGAAGGCCACAACCUCGACUGGCAGAACUACCUGAGGACACAGGCUGGCAACACAACCACUGUCAAUGUGAUUAAUUGUACUGUGGACUACCUGCUGCGCCUUCAGGAAUCUAUCAUGGACUUCUAUUGGCAUUAUUCUUCCAAGGAAAUUAUCGACCCAGCUGGCAAGUCCAACUUCUUUAAGGCCAUUGGUGUAGCCAGCCAGGUUUUCAACACACUGACUGAGGUGAUCCAAGGCCCGUGUGUGGGCAACCAGCAAACUCUGGCUCAUUCCCGUCUGUGGGAUGCCGUUGGUGGUUUCCUGUUCCUGUUUGCUCACAUGCAGGACAAGCUCAGCAAGCACUCCUCUCAGGUGGAUCUUCUGAAGGAGCUCCUGAACCUGCAGAAGGACAUGGUGAUCAUGAUGCUCUCCAUGCUGGAAGGUAAUGUGGUGAAUGGCACCAUUGGAAAGCAGAUGGUGGACACGCUUGUGGAAAGUGCCUCCAAUGUCGAGCUGAUUCUGAAGUACUUCGAUAUGUUCCUAAAACUGAAGGACUUGACUGGGUCAACAACCUUCCAGGAUCUUGAUAUGAACAAGGAUGGAACUGUCACACCUAUGGAGUUUAAGGAGAAGAUGGAACAGCAGAAGAAUUACACAACAGAGGAGAUCAACUUCUUGCUGAUGUGCUGUGACUGCAAUCAUGAUGGUAAGAUCGACUAUGUGGAGUUCACAGAACGUUUCCACAACCCAGCCAAGGAGAUCGGAUUCAACCUGGCUGUGCUGCUCACCAAUCUGUCUGAGCACAUGCCCAAUGAUCCUCGCCUAGCCAGGUUCCUUGAGACUGCUGGUUCUGUCCUCAACUACUUUGAGCCUUUCCUUGGUCGCAUUGAAAUCAUGGGCAGUUCAAAGCGCAUUGAGAGAGUGUACUUUGAGAUCAAGGAGGAGAACAUUGACCAGUGGGAGAAGCCACAGAUCAAAGAGUCAAAGAGAGGCUUCUUCUAUGCUAUUGUGACAGAAGGAGACAAAGAAAAGCUAGAGGCCUUUGUCAACUUCUGUGAGGAUGCCAUCUUUGAGAUGCAGCAUGCUGCUGCCCUCAUGGAAGAGGAGGAUGAUGCACUUGCCAAGAAGUCUAGUGCUGAUGCCCUCAAGUACCUGAGUGAGGAAGAGGAGGAGAAGACUGGCAUGGAACUGAUCAAGUCUAAGAUCAUAGGGUUCAAGGAUCAAGUAUCAGAGACCUUGGCUGUGCUGGCACCCUCCAAUGUCAAGAAGAAGCUGAAGGAGUUGAAGCAGAUGUCCAUUUCUGAGCUGCUGAUGGGCUUCUGUCGUUUGCUAUUCAUGAUCAUGUACCACAGUGUGUUUGGAAUAUUCUACAUGUCUAAAAAGAUAUGGGUCGCCAUCAUGGGCCUGAUGCAAGGACCACCAGCAGAGCAGGCUUCACAAAAGGAGCAGAAGGCUGGACCACUUGUUCCAUUAGCUAUACCAGCAUUACCAGAGAUAAGAGAGGGAGAACCAGGUCUUCCAGCUAUAGAACACAAACCUGAGGGAGAACAACUUUCACUGGAAGCCAAACCUGAGGAACCUGGAGAAGAUGAGAAGAUGAAGCCAGUACUGGAAGCCCUGGCAGAGCUGAAGGAGGACAUCAGCCCUGAGGAGGCCAUUGCAGCUUUGAAGUCUAUCGAGAGCAGCAGUGACGCUAAUGACACGGCUGCAGAGAAGAAGGCUGUGGAGAAGCAGCAGGAGGAGGCAAUGCAGGAGGCAGAGGAGCAGCCCACCACAGCAGAGGCUGAGCCACCACCGGUUGCCCAGCCUCUCUUCCCGUCCACAUCCUCUUCCUCCCCUCACUCGCCUCCCUCAGCCUCCUCCUGCAGUCCAGCUCGCCUCCCAUCACCCCUGUCACAUCCCCCCAUCUCCCAACAUCCUGGGCUCUCAGAGGAAAGCAUUGCCACACUAGACACACUAUCAGACACAUCCACCUCCACUGGGAUAUUCAGUUCAAGCACCUCACCUGGAGAUGAGACGACGAGGGUGAGGAAGAGCAUCACGCUGCCCACUUUUCGUCCCGGCACUUCAGGAGGGGUCACACACUCAGCCAGUCACCAGUCCUCCUUUACGCACUCUCGCACAAGUCACACACAGUCUUCAGUCAUGUCCAGUCCACAAUCUUAUGACCUCACAUCUCCAUUGUCAUUGUCAUCCAAAUCCAUGCAAUUUACACCUGAACCUCUGAUCUGUAAACGUGGUGUCUUCAGUAGUCUGCAGCCAACACCCACAAGGGUUCCAGUGUCCAUGUUGACCAGAACCAGACACACAACUUCUCCACCAGCAAUUCCAGCCCAGUCAGACUUUUCUUCAGAGUUAAGACCAACUACUUCAAAGUCCAUCCCAAGUAGUUUAUGCCACUCUGUGGUAACCUCAAGUGUUGAUACCUCAGACAAUGCUGGGUCUUCCUCAUCUGGAUUGUCACACCUCAAAUCACCAUCACAGAGCAUCCUCAGCAGCUCCAUCUCACCAUUGCAGUUCCCUCAGUCACUCUCAUCACCGGCAGUGUCACUCCUCCAGGCUGACCCUUCACCGCAGGGCACAACCACCUCCCCUUCUUCCACUGCUGCCAUGUCCAUUGUCACCUCCACACACUCAUCGCAACCUGCAGACUUACCCAGUUUGAAACCUAUAUGCACAUCUUCCUUACAGAGCAGCUCAUCUACCCUACCCAACCCUUCCUCUUCCUCUUCACAAACACUGUCUCCAUCACACCAAACCCACAUUGAGCAGGAGGAGGAUGUCAUAUCAAUAUCCAUAUCUACUGCUGACACAGGACAACAAGCAGCCUCACCAAAGCCUCCAACCAUUUUCUUUCCCUCUCACUCCUUGCCUGGCCCUGCCUCCCUGCAUGAGCAUGGCCUGUGUCCUCCCUCACCAGACCACCAUGCUUUCCUUCAUCCAGGCAAUGUGGAUGCCUCACAGCUCACCCCCACACCCCCCACUCCAACACAGCCUCAUCCCUCAGAUACCCCUUCCACUCGCUCCCCAACCCCCACCUCUCCCCCUCCCACUCACUCCUCUAAGGCCAAGCCUUGGGUGCUGCAGAGGCUACUCAGUUUUAAGGUGGACCUAAGCAGCUACAACAAGCGUGCUGUCAGCUUCUUGGCAAGGAACUUCUACAACCUCAAGUAUGCAGCGCUGGUGCUUGCCUUCUGCAUCAACUUUAUCCUUCUCUUCUUCAAGGCAUCAGCCAUCACUGAGGAUGUGGAGGAGGAGGAGGAGGUCACUGUCAUGAACCCCUUCGCCUUUGGCUCUGGUGACUUGCUGGGCUCUGGGGAUGAAGCAGUGCUGGGUGAUGAUGCAGUAGAGGCAGAACUGGGUUCCGGCAACUUCACUCUAGGAGGGGAUGAAGAAGAAGAAGAGGAGGAGGAAGAUGCUGAGGAAUGGGUGCACAUGGAUGAUCGCUACUUCUACCUGGAGCACAUCCUUCGCCUGUUCUCUGUCACCCACAGCCUGGUUGCUCUCUGCAUGCUGCUGGCCUACUACAACCUCAAGAUGCCGCUUGUGAUCUUCAAGCGAGAGAAGGAUGUGGCGAGGAGGCUGGAGUUUGAUGGUGUCUAUGUGGCAGAGCAGCCUGAAGAUGAUGACAUCAAGGCUCACUGGGACAAACUUGUUAUUUCUGCCAAGAGUUUCCCCAACAACUACUGGGACAAGUUUGUCAAGAAGAAGGUACGACAAAAGUACAGUGAGACAUAUGACUUCGAUGCCAUAUCCAACCUCUUAGGAAUGGAAACAACGAUGAGCUUCAAACAAGAAGAAGCAUCCACUGGCAUCAUUGGCUACCUCACCUCAGUGGACUGGAGGUACCAGAUCUGGAAGGCCGGUGUUACAGUCACUGAUAAUCAAUUCUUGUACAACCUGUGGUACCUCACCUUCUCCAUCCUGGGCAACAUUAAUUACUUCUUCUUUGCUGCUCACCUGCUUGAUGUGGCUGUGUCCAUCCCAUCACUCAAGACGAUCCUGCAGUCUGUCACUCACAACGGCAAGCAGCUGAUCUUGACCUGCAUGUUGCUCACUAUCAUAGUGUACUGCUACACUGUCAUCGCCUUCAACUUCUUCAGGAAAUUCUAUGUUUCUGAGGAGGAUGAUGUAGUGGACCAGAAGUGUCAUGACAUGCUGACGUGUUUCGUGUUCCACCUGUACAAGGGAGUAAGGGCCGGUGGUGGCAUUGGUGAUGAGAUUGAGGCCCCUGAUGGUGAUGAGUAUGAGUUCUACCGCAUCAUCUUUGACAUCACUUUCUUCUUCUUCAUCAUUGUUAUCCUGCUGGCCAUCAUUCAGGGUUUGAUCAUUGAUGCGUUUGGUGAACUGAGAGACCAACUGGAGUCAGUGAAGGAGAACCUGGAGAGCUACUGUUUCAUAUGUGGCAUUGGCAGCGACUACUUUGAUGCAGUGCCACACGGGUUUGACAUGCACGUCCUGAAGGAGCAUAACUUAGCAAAUUACAUGUUCUUCUUGAUGCAUCUGAUCAACAAAGAUGAAACAGAGUACACAGGCCAGGAGACAUAUGUGUGGAACAUGUACCAACAAAGGUGUUGGGAUUUCUUCCCUGUUGGUGACUGCUUCAGGAAACAGUAUGAGGAGGAAUUGUCUGGUGGAGGGUCAGCCAGCUGAGCAACUCUUCCCUCACUUCCUCCAUUGCUUUACAUUUAAGUGGUAUGGACACAAGUUUUUUGGUACAGAUAAUUCAUGGUGUUCACUUGCUAGUUCGCAGCAUCACGCAGUGCAGACAAGGGUGUGGCACCGCUCUUCUCCUUUGCGUGUGUGUGUGCUUGUGAAGGUCACUGAGACCUGGUGUUGAGCCCUGCUGCUUGGAUGGAGCUUACCACUACACCCUCAAGUAGCUCUUGACAUUUAGAGAACAUUAGCAUAUAUAUAUAUAUAUAUAUAUAUAUAUAUAUAUAUAUAUAUAUAUAUAUAUAUAUAUAUAUAUAUAUAUAUAUAUAUAUAUAUAUAUAUAUAUACCAUAUAUGUACCAUAGAAGUUUGUAUAAAUUAGGUAUAUAUGUAUAGCAGGUAAAUUCAGAAGAAAUGCCAGCUACUCUGAAUCAUCCACAGCAGGUGAGAGCAUUUUGUCAAAAGAAAAUGGCAUAUUAGUGCUUCAGAGAAUACUAGUUAAAGCAGCAAGACAGUUGUGCGUGUGAUAUUAAUGUAAUGUACUACUCUGUGCUGAUCCCAGACUCUGGUGAAGGCAGUAGCGCAGCAGCUUGUUUCCUGUCCCCACCCCCAAGGCGUGAGGCGAUGCAGAACGACUUGUUGUGGAACUGUCACUGCAGGUCACUUUGUUACUUUAUCCCCCACCACCAAGGUGUGAUUGUUGAGGUGUGUGUGUGUGUGUGUGUGUGUGUGUGUGUGUGUGUGUGUGUGUGUGUGUGUGUUUGUGUGUGUGUGUGUGUGUGUGGUUCCACCAGUUGUCCCACCCACAUUGAAGUCACAUCUUUACUCUCCACCCUCUCCUCUCCUGACUUUUGAUCAGUUACUGCAGAGAAGAGAGAAGAAUAAACAAAUUUAAAGAGGCCUUAGUAACAAGAGGUGUGGCUUUUACCUGUGUUAUUAUUUAAGGUUUUCCAUGUGCAUGCCUUUCUUUGAGAGUCUGUUAUAUAAAGGAGUGGUCAUGCCCACCACCUGUGUCCAGAAGGUGGCUGGAACACACCAAGUACCUAAGAUGUUUGUCUGCGCCUCCCUCACCCAUGCUGUAGAUAAUGAAGGGAUCGAGCUGGGGUGGUGGGGAAGGCACUGCAUGCCCUCUCACCCAUCUUGAUGCUCACGUACAUUCAGUGCAACAAGAAUAAUAACUGCGUAUAGCUCAGCGCCCAUCAUGUGUCCUUCCCUUGUUAGCCAUCCUGAGGUUGCCCAAAUCCUAACCUUCACCAGCAACUGCUCCCUUUUUUAUUUAUUUUUUUUCUAUGCCACAGAUUCUUUGUGGACUGAGAGGAUCUUAAUAUUUGUUAUUUAUUUAUUGGCUGAUAUCACUUGCUCUGAUUUGCAAUCAGUGUGGAUCAGUCAGGUAUCAUACUCUCUCUCUCUCUCUCUCUCUCUCUCUCUCUCUCUCUCUCUCUCUCUCUCUCUCUCUCUCUCUCUCUCUCAUGGAUGAAGGAGGUCGCCAGUCCUGUAUUGAGUUCAGAGACAAUACUUAUUGGCCUCUGGAUCUCGAUUUCUCCCACUGCUGUUGUAUUUAAUUGUCAUAUGUCCAAACAGUCCAGUCAGUCUUUUAAAUGACUGGGCUAUUUCCACAGAUAGCUUCCUCGUUCACCUUCCCUCCCUCCCUCCCUCCUCCUAGCGAUACGAUAGACUUAACGAAACCCAUGGUUGCAGAUUUAUUUCUCCCUCGUCCUGACACUCACAGUCCUGUUCAGCAGUCCAGCUUGGGAUCGUUCUGCAUCAUACACAUCGAUUACUCUGUUGUUUUUUUUUAUUCAUAGUCUACUCUUUAGUUAAAUAAACUAUAAGAGAA